AUGCCGGAUGAGCCGCGGCGCAUUAUCUUGGAGAAAUCCAAGACCGUCAAACGCCGGUACCAGCGAAGCAACCAACGAUUCCAGUUUACCGCCUCUCAGAUCGAGCGGCUAGAUCGCGAGCAGGAGCGCGAGAAAAAAGCAAAGCAACUACGGGAAAAGGAAAAGAAACGCAUUGCCAACAAGAAACGAAAAGCCGAGCAGGAGGCGCGCGUCCGUGAGGAGCGGAAGCGUCGUGGAAUUCCAGAUCCCAAUGCAGCGCGCGUCCCGUCAAGUCAGCCGCUCCUAUCAAUGUUCCUGGAAGCUGGGAAGCGACAGUCGCCCGUUACGCCAGACCCAGAACCUACAACUACGGAGACGGAAUCACAUAAGGAGGAAAACACGGAUUUUGGGAGUGAUGGUGGAGAUACGGAGCCUGACUCGGAUGCCUUUGAUGACUUGGAUCAAGAAUUGGAGAAUGACCUAUCUGAGCUUCAGGAUGCGGGCGUCCUGGUAGAGUCGGCAGGUCCUGAUAUUGGAGUCGAGACGAGGCCUUCAUUCGAAGACGAUGAUGAGUUCUCAGACUGGUCGGCGUUCGACGACGAAGAUAUCAUGAAAAAGGCUGAGGCGGCUGCUGUGACACGAACGACUGACGAAACAACGAAGAACCCCUCUCUACCCAAGGAAUUAUCUACCCCGCAGCCCUCUCCCUCUCAUCGACCGACUGUGCCCACAUUAGCAUCCUCUUUUGGAGAGUCUUUCCAAUAUGACCCUGCCGACUUUCUGGAAGCUGAAGCGGCAAUUGUCACUCAAACAAGCCAGACCGGAGCAAAAGACCAGUCCUUACAGAAGGCACCAUCCACUAAACCGCCCCUGCCUCAUCGAUCGUCGAUGUCUUCUUUUGGAGAUUCCUUUCGAGACGAGACUGCUGAUUGGAUUGAGGAGGCUUUUGCACAUGGAAACGGGGAUCCUUUUAGCGAUUUGAAUAAGAUACCCUCUUGA